UUCCCAGGCAGGCAUACUGUGUGUGUGUUCAUGAAUGAUUCAUUCACCACUCCUCUCUCUAGUUCCUCAGGCUUCGACUUCCUGGAUACCAUAAACAGUGUAGUGUGUGGGUUUCUUUCAUGUGAUCUUUGUCCUGACAAUAUCUGUUUCUAUAAGAGAAAGUCAUGGUUUGUUUUUCAGGAGGCCGGCUGUUUGCUUUAUGCUGCUGCUCACCUUCUUGACUUGAGGAGAGACAGACAGUCUCAUCUGUGUUUGACAGGACGCACUCUUAACCUGGACAAGCAGCAGGGCAGUUUGGUUUCCACUGUUCUUCUUGUCUCCUUCACAGCUUUUGAAAUGUGGCUCGUGGUCGUUUCCGUUCCGCUGCUUCCUGCCCUCAUCAUGGUAUACAGCCGUUAUCGUGACAAAGUUGCUGCGCUGUGCCAUCGAGCUCUGGCCUGGGCGCUGAGGCUCGUGCGAGGGAGAGUGUGUGUGAGGAGCACCCACGCCUUUGUGUUCUCCAAAUGCACCCACGGCAAAGCUGACAGCGUCCUGGAGACCUUUGACCUUUACGCCGACACACACCCAUCACUCUGCAUUAGCCCACAGAUUGGUGAAGCAUUGGAUGAAGCGGUGAGGCGUGUCCGGCCCUCCCGGGUGUUGGAGCUGGGGAUGCACUGUGGCUACAGUUCAGUCCGCCUGCUGCGUCUGCUGCCUCCUGCUGGCAGACUGAUCACAGUGGAGCUGGACGCGCUCACAGCAGAGCUAGGGGAGGAAAUCAUACUGGUGGCUGGCUUCAAACACUCCCAGUUCCAGGUGUUGACAUCUUGCUCAACUGAGGCUAUUCCAACUUUGCGUUCAUUUCUUGAGCUUAACCCAGAGACCAGUGAGGGGCUCAAUCUGGUGCUGAUGGACCACGACCCCCAGCAGUACCUUCCAGACCUGUUGGCUCUGGAGAGAGAGGAGCUCCUCAGCCCCUCUGGCUGCUCCGUCCUUCUGAUCUACAGGAACCAAAGACAUGGAGAUCUCAGAGAAAUCCUGGGUCACAUCAGAGCCAGGCCCGACUGCUACAGCGUCAAAUCAGAGCUUCAGUUUAUGACAGAGAUCUUUUACCAAAAGAAAAGCACACGGGUAGAUAGGUGAUAUCAGAAUCUAAAGAUAUGUGUGGACUAUUUCAACCAACAGUGUUAAAUACAUUAUCAUCUCUAGUAUUACUUGCGGGUCAAAGAAUUGGAGGAUAAAAAAUAAAAUAUAAAUACAUUAUUUGUAAAACUGUUUUUUCCCUUGCAUGACUCCAGGGAUUAAACAAAAUACAAUUUUUGUGAAGUGAUGAUGGGAUGUAAAACAGUAUUCAUGCUAUAAAUGCUAUACAUUUGAAGUAUCUGAUGGUAUUGCUGGGUAUAACUGCAGAAAAGGAAAGUAUGAUAUCACGUAUAUUUUAUUAUUUCUGUUGCCUUAUCAUAUAUGGCCCCCAAAUGAGAAAAGCAAAAGGUAAGAUAAGAUAAUCCGUUAUUAGUCCCACAGUGGGGAAAUUUGCAGUGUUACAGCAGCAGAGGGGACAGUGCAAUAGAGCAUGGUGUGCAACAAGAAGCAUCAGCAAAAAAAAAAAGCAAGAUGUAAUAAAUAAGUAAACAGUAAAAAAUAUAAUAAGUGGACAGACUGAACAGUUGAAUUCACAUUAUUGCACA